AUGCAAUCCCAAAAGUGUUGGGACCUGAGCGUUGGGGGUUUGAGAAUUGGGACAUCCCCUUCUAGAAAGUUUGGACGAGACUCUUGUUUGGGAACUAAACCAAGUUGGAAACUAAGGCUUGAACUUGCAAUAGGAAUAGCAAGGGGACUUGUGUAUUUACAUGAAGAGUGCAUUACUAGGAUCAUCCACUGUGACAUAAAGCCUCAAAAUAUACUUCUUGAUGAUUACUUCAAUGCAAGAAUUUCUGACUUUGGACUAGCCAAGUUGAUGAACAUGAAUCAAAGCAAAACCAACACUGGCAUUAGGGGAACAAAAGGGUAUGUUGCACUUGAAUGGUUUAAGAACAUGCCUAUCACAGCUCAAGUGGAUGUGUAUAGUUAUGGAGUAGUGCUACUUGAGAUUAUUUCAUGUAGAAGAUGUGUUCAAGAAAUGGAACAAGAAGAUGAAGAGAAAGCAAUAUUAACUGACUGGGCUUAUGAUUGCUACAAGGAUGGUGCUGUAGAUGCAUUGGUUGAGGGUGACAAUGAGGCAUUGGAUGACAAAGAAAAGUUGGAGAAAUUGGUAAUGAUUGCAAUUUGGUGGGUUCAAGAGGAUCCAGUUCUUAGACCAAUCAUGAGAAAUGUGAUACAUAUGCUUGAAGGUACUGUUGAAGUGCAAGUUCCACCAUACCCCUCACAAAUUAGUAUUCAAUAUUCUCUAAUUUAA